GCUGACUGCUUCGGGAGAAUUUCAAGCGCGAGUUUAAGCGCCUGGGGAGGAGUGAGCCCGUCCUAACCUCCUGCGAAAAUGGAUCUGAUAAACAAUGCCAUCACUGUGCAGCUGCCGGCGUAAGGGGGAAGAGAGGCAGACAGCAGCGCACCGCGCAUGCAGUAAAGUGACUCAUUUCAUCUAUCCACCCUCCUUCUUUCGCUUUCGUUUUGUCAGGUACCUUUCCGCCUUGAAGGUGCCCACCUCACAAGGCACUCCACGAGACCCAAACACAGACAUAGAUGGUCAUUCUUGUGUUGUGCAGGUCCCCACCUCGCUGGAUCAGGCUGCCGGCCUUGACUUCAACGAUUGGCUGAACAUGCUGCCCGUGGUGGUUGCUGGCAGGCAAGUGUCAAGUGUGAAGAGGCUAUAUACAAGACCAAGAUCUCGUGUGACGCCCGUGUGACUGUUGUGGGUGCUUUGCUGUGACUGCAGUAUUGUGUUGCUGGCACCUGUGUUGGCCGCCGUGAAGAUGGGCGGGGGGUCCAGCAAGAAGAAGGCCAUGGUCAACCCGACGUAAGCGCACACAAGAGAUGGAGGGCGGGAGUUGUGUGUGUGGACACGGAACGGUGUAUGUCUGCUGUCAAUCGGACGCAUGUGUGGAUGCAGGAUUGAGAAGAGCAAGGCCAAAGUUGUGCACAUGUGCACGUUCUCAGAAAUCGAGGACACUGCAAAGGACGGCAAGGCGGCCUAUUGCCGCUGGUACGACGGGCAACGAUUCACCCACAUCACAUCAUAUGGCAUUAUUCACAUCGCUGCACGUGCAUGUGUCUGUCCGCAGCUGGCGGUCGGGGUCCUUCCCCCUCUGCGACGGGUGGGUCCUUCAGGGGACUUCUUUCUUUGUUCCUCUCUGCGAAAUCGAUCGAGGACACACGUGUGUCCUUUCUUCGUGCUGCGUGUUUGUGUGAUUGCAGGUCUCACACGGCCCACAACAAAGCCACUGGCGACAACGUGGGCCCGCUGGUCAUCAACUGUAAAAAAUGAAUGCCUCUCUGGUGGAUGGCGUCAAUUGAGAUGGAUCUGCCAGCACGUCGCUGCUCGAUCUGGU